GAGUUUGGAUGGUAGUUCUCCAUUCGGCCAUUUGAGUCGUCAGCGCUAACCGCCCCGUUAAAUACACUGUGAAUUUUUGUGUGUGUUUCAUUCUCUACUUUUUGACAACAACAACAACAACUUUUAAAAAUUCAUUUACCUCGAGUCAACGAGGAACGAAGACAAGAGAUUGAUUUAAAAAAAAAUACGAAUGUAUAUUUCCACUCGGUUAAUUAAAAAUUUCAAACAUCUUUUUCAUAGUUGUACAGGUGAUUGUUUAAUUUUACGUAAUUAUCAUUCAUCAUCAGUAUUGAAGUACUAUAAAUACGAUAGAUCCAUGUCUGUAAAGGAUCUUCACCGUCAACUGCAGAAAAUACGACGAGAAAAAAUAUCCAAGUCUGAAAAAUAUAGUCCUAGUACUGUAACUCUCCAGGUAUUGGGCAGCGGUGUACCUGGAGCACCAGCUAGUUUAUAUGUCUCGACAGAUCAUUCAAAAUACCUAUUUAAUUGUGGUGAAGGUACACAAAGACUUGCUCAUGAGCAUCAUUUGAGGUUAUCAAAAUUAGAACAUGUGUUUUUUACAACUCCAACGUGGAAAAAUAUGGGAGGAUUGCCAGGUAUGGCUCUGACCAUUCAAGACACGGGAGUACCGCAAAUUAAACUUCACGGACCGAAAGGAAUAGUGGAUAUUUUUGAUGCUGUUAAAAGAUUUGCUUUCCUAGCACAUUUGACUGUAACCGAGGCUGAUUGUGAUGAAAAGAGUAUAUAUGACGACUCUUGUAUGACAAUUCGUUAUGUUCCAUUGAUCGAGGAUAUUACUACUGAUUCUGACACUGAUUUUGAUCAAGCCACAAUUGUUAUUGAUAACACUGAUUAUUAUGCUCACGAAUUCAAUGAAAAUAGAAAAAGAAGGAUCAGCCAACAGUACCGCACCAAUAAAUUAUCGAAAAUUGAAACUAAUUUACGAAAAAUUAGAGGCUGUAUUGCUUACAUAUGUAAAUUACAUCCCAAAACAGGAAAAUUAAAUCUAGAAAAAUGCGUUGAAAAGGGUGUAACACCUGGACCAAUCUUGGGUGACUUGAAAGCUGGAAAAGAUGUAACACUACCUGAUGGCACCAUUAUCAAAAGUAGCGAUGUUUGUGAUCCAGAAAUUCCAGGUCCAAUUUUCAUUGUAUUGGAAUGCCCCAGUGAACAUUAUGUGGAAUCUCUCAUUUCUAAUGCAAUCUUCAGGGAAUAUCAAUGUUGUUGUGAAGAAAAAAAUGAAGACAAUUGGCCAGCCUGUAUUGUUCAUUUUACACCGGAAAAGGUUAUAAAAAUGAGUAAAUACCGAGAAUGGAUGGAGAAAUUUCCAACAAGCACUCAACACUUGAUUAUCAAUGCAGCUAAUAAUUCAUACAGUUUCGAAGCACUUCAUCAAAUUCAACACAAACUUAAUUUAGUUCAUCCAACAAUUUUUCCAAUUCUUCCCGAUUCGGUUGACAAUAAUGAUCAUAUAGAUGAAGGCCAAGAUGAAAAAUUACGUAUCCAUAGAGCAAAAACUCUAAAUGCAGUCCACCUAAGACCACUGCAAGGCCUAGAUCAAACCACUCAGAUUAAUAUCAACAGAAAGGAUGAUAUUGAUAAAGUUUUCAAUCUUGAUGGAUUUCUCGAUGAAUUAGCACAACUCCAGACAGAAAUUAAUGCCAAAUCAAAGAUGCUAAAACAUCUACCAGAAUACCCUAAAUUGUUAAUUCUUGGUACUGGCUCCUGCAUACCAAGUAAACAUAGAAAUACUAGUGGCCUUUUAUUGAGAAUUGAUCCUGAGACGUCUAUUUUAUUAGACUGUGGUGAAGGAACUUUGGGACAGCUCAUUCGCUUCUUUGGAAAAGAUGGCUUUGAUAAAGUAUUGAAAAGCAUCAAAGCUAUAUACGUCUCACAUCUACAUGCAGAUCAUCAUCUAGGCCUUCUCAGUAUACUUCAACAACGUCAAUGUAUUACAAAAGAUCCUGUCUUUUUGUUUGCACCAAGAGAAAUUUACUCUUGGUUGCAAAUUUAUCACCUCAAAUUUGAACACAUCAAUCAAUUAUUCAAUUUAAUUCCAAAUCAAAAUUUGAUAAUAAACUCACAAAAAAUCGGAGAUGACAUACAAGAGAAAUUAAAAGUCACAUUGAAAAUUCAACAAAUUAAUACUGUUGAAGUAAAUCACUGCCUCCAUUCAUUUGGAGUUUCUUUGAUACUUACAAGUGGAAAAAAAAUUGUUUACAGCGGUGACACGCAGCCUUGUAAUUAUCUUGUGGACCUUGGCAGGGACUGUGAUCUUCUCAUUCACGAAGCUACAAUGGAAGAUGGUAUGGAAAAGGAAGCCAAAACGAAGAUGCAUUCAACCAUUUCUCAAGCAAUACAAAUCGGUAAAGACAUGAAUUCAAAAUUUACUUUACUUACCCACUUUAGCCAAAGGUAUUCAAAAAUACCGCGUUUACCCGAAAAUUCCAAUGACCCCAAUUUGUCCAAUGUUGGAAUUGCAUUUGAUAAUAUGCAUGUUAGUCUUUCCGAAUUACCACUCUUACCUCUGUUUUAUCCAAUUUUACGGAUUUUAUAUAGUGAAUCUGUAACGAUUCUCGAAGAGAAGGCAAUAAGACGUCAACAAAAGGUAGAAUUAAUAAAUAACAGCACAAGAUAAUAAAAAUUCAUUAAUUUUCCCUCUAUUAAAGAGCAGAGUGUAUAUGUUUUUGCCUUUUCAUCAAUUACUCAUCAAGCCAUGUCAUCAAUCAAACAAUACUGUAAUUAUGAAGAAAUGAAGAGUUAUAAAAAUCACAAGAUGGAUAAUUUUUUACAUAUAUAGUUAUAGCGUAUAUACUCACUUGGAGCGUAUUGUCUGAAAAUAUUUGAUAAUAUAUAUCAGUGGGUUAUUAUAAUAAUAAUGAACAAGGACAAGUUGUAUCUAUUGUUGAAAUAUAAAAGCAUUUUUCAUCA